AUGUUUUUAGGUGCUCGAGUGACUUUCCACCAAAUGAUCAUGACCACAGUGUUGAUGGACAAUUAUCAGAAGCAGAUUUUUUCAAGGCUGUAUAUUCAGGUACAUUGGAACUCCAACCAGCCAUUCUUUGUUAUCUGA